AUCCUGAUAUAGACUGCUCAUUAGCACAUCGGACUGUUCACCGCAAUUAAAUUACAAAAUAAAGAAAAGAGCGAAUCGGUUGUGAGGGCUAUUGGCGCAUUUCUUGAUGCCUUCCAAGAAAUCGCGCGAGAGAGUGACUAAAUACCCGAGUUCUUGUUUGAAUUAUGACAUUAAGUUUUUCAUCCUUUUCGAUCAAAGACAUCCUCACCGGACAUGAUGCCAGCGGCAAACCGGGCACCACGGAGGAGCUCUGCGCAACGAAGCGAAACAACACGUGCACCAGCUAUGGUGACAAGGGAGCCAUGGAUGACAACCGCAUCCACCCGGAGACACUUUCCCCUCAUCCCAGCGUUAGAAACCUCCGAUCGGAUACCUACACAGAGGAGGACACAGGAGAAGAAACAGAGCUCAUAGAAGUUGCUGCAGAUCAGUGUGAGGAGCAGGGUGAACAGCAGAAAAGACCGCAGUGCGAGAAUGCGGAGGAGGAGGGAUGUCGAGGGGAGACGUCCAGCUGUUCGUCGGAUGGGCCGCAGUGCAGGCCCGGUACAAAGAAACGCUCCAGGUCGGCCUUCUCUCACGCGCAAGUCCACGAGCUGGAGCGCCGCUUUAGCACUCAGAGGUAUCUUUCAGGUCCCGAACGGGCCGAUUUGGCAGGAGCCUUGAAACUUACUGAGACGCAGGUGAAAAUCUGGUUCCAAAACAGAAGAUAUAAAACCAAACGGCGCCUGAUGGCGACCGAGCUGGCCUUGUGCAGCUCCCCAAAGAAAGUGGCAGUUAAAGUUCUGGUGAGGGACGAUCAAAAGCAAUGUCAUCAGGGGAUUGGAGUGCAUAUCCCCGUGACUGCGCCACUGUACCGGGGCUACCACCCAUACCUGCACUACUACUACCACCAACCCUGGAGCAUGGACAACAUGUUUUGUAGAGGGAUGCUUUGAGGCUCUUUGGUUGAACUGUGUUCAAGUUUCAAUUCAAAUACAAGGUAUCUGCUUUCUAGGAGGUUUCUGCUCACUCGCUGGAUUUUGUGACGCACGGGACAUUUUAAUAUACGGAAAAUCCUCUCGACGCAUUUUGUUUUUAAAUCGGAAUGAACUCAAUAUGCAAGUGAUUUUCAGUUACAGUUAGUUUAAUAUUUUGUAACUAUUUACAAGUAAAAAAUAACAAUUGUAAAGGGAAAAACUACUGACUUCUUCAAGCAUCUUUAGUGCCAGGUAGUGUUUUGUUUUUUCAGGAUCAUGACUUUUAAACCUUUCUUACGUUAAAAAAGUUGACUCCAGUGUUUACUUUAUGAAUUUUAUUUCAAACUUAAGGUGCUGUAAAAAAAAAAAAAAAAAAUUAAAUAAAUUGAUUGAAAGAA